UAUUAAUUUUUAGGUCUGCAGUUAUUUUCAAUGCCAUUGAGCGCGCCGCACCUGUGGAAAGACGACGUCGGAGUCGGACCAACUGAUUAGGUUUUGGACCUUGGACAGUUAGCUAGGUCGGUCUGUGGAGCUCAGCUGAAUCUAGAUAUCCAUCGCCAGCCCAAUAGAAACAGAAUAUACUUCUCCCUCACACAUUGUUCUGCUCUAUCCUCAAAUCGGAGUUCUGUCCUAGGUUUCCUGAUCCACUUGCUUAGCCAUGGCUAUGCAAACCGGAAUCAGCCUCUCAAAGAUCAUCGUCCUCGCCGGUGCCGGAUACACCGGUACGAUCCUCUUUAAAAAGGGCAAAUUAUCAGACCUGAUCGGUGAACUUCAGUCGCUGGUGAAGGGACUUGAAAAAUCUGGAGAGCGUGCAGAUGGUGAUUCUGACUACAGUGAUGCCCUUGCCCAACAGGUGAAGCGGUUGGCAAUGGACGUUCGACAACUGGGCUCAGCACGGCAAAUAACUGUUCUGAAUGGGAGUUCUGGCCAAAUCGGUAAUUUAACUAGUCUCAUAGUUCCAGCUACGGCCUUGGGGGCAUUGGGUUAUGGUUACAUGUGGUGGAAGGGUCUAAAAUUCUCAGAUCUUAUGUAUGUAACUAAGCGCAGUAUGGCAAAUGCUGUUUCAAACUUGACGAAGCAUCUGGAGCAAGUAACCGAGGCUCUAUCUGCUGCAAAAGUACAUCUGACUCAGCGAAUACAGCUUUUGGAUGAUAAAAUGGAGAGCCAAAAAGAGAUCUCAAAGGCAAUUCAAAAUGAUGUUAAUGCUACUUCUGAAAAUAUAUCACAAAUUGGCUCAGAAUUGUGGCAAUUGCAGUGUCUAGUUUCAGGUUUGGAUGGGAAGAUAGGUUCUUUGGAGGAGAAGCAGGAUCUUGCAAAUAUGGGUGUGCUGUACCUGUGCAAUUUUGUUGGCGGUAACAAAAUGAAAAUGCCUAAAGCUCUGGAGGAUCAACUUAAACCUUCUGGGAGAACUCGUUCUAUCACAUAUGCUGAAGCAAGUUUGAGUGGUCUUAAGGAGCUGGCAGACAAUUUAUAUCAAACCAUGCGUGAGCCAACAGCUGAUGUCAUAGUGCAAGAUGGAAUUGAUAAGUUGGAAGGCCCACCACAUACUCCACAAAGUGACCAACCAAGAACCCUGCUUAGGUUCAGUUCAACCAAGUGUUGAGAAAACAUUCUGAGCCAGAUACUUGACUAGCCUUUAUCUUUGCAACAUGCUCGUUGUGUAGUAUUGGAGCAUUUCUAUAAAAAUAAGGGAAGCCUCGAGCACAAAGUGUGAUUUAAUUACCGAAAAUGAUGGUUAAUUUCUUUUUUUUUUUUAAUUCUUAUUUCAUAGUUAAAAUUCAGUUUUUGAAGUUUGAUGAACGCGAGUUCGUAACUCGCAUAGCGCACUCGGUAGGGUUGUAGACGUGAAAGUAUAGGUUUUAUUGUUAUUUUGUUGUAAAUAAUAAUAAUAAUAAUAAUUUUAAUAAUUUCUUAUUAUCAUAA